AUGAGUAUUAAUGCACGACGCAGUGCGCCUAGCGCAAGAUCCUCUCUGAGAGAACGAGAGUUUAAUUCGGCGAGCAUAGCUGGGGAACAUUCUAAGAACUUUACGACCGAAAAGAAAUUUGUCAUUGGCGUGGACUUUGGAACUACCUUCACAUCUGUAUCCUAUUUCUUCCACCCGAUCAAUGAACGGCACCCUCGAGCUUUUCCGGAACAAAUUUUGAGCAUUAAAAACUGGCCAGAGGAUUUGAGUAGUGGUGAUGCUGGUGGAACUCGCCCUCAAGUACCUUCCGAGACAUGGUACUCACCAAUUCCUUUGUCUAGGGAGGCGCCCCAAGAUACCGACGAGCACGAUGAAACAUUGGAAGAGUUCGUGUAUGAUGAUGAAGAUCACCCUUUGACUUACGUGAGAGACGCAAAUGCCGAGUCAGAUGGAGACGAGUCCUCGGAAUUUCUCUGGGGUUACCAGGUGCAUCACCAGCAGUACAGAGAAAACAUUUCCCGGAAUACCGGGACUAGAGUCAAAAGAUCCAAGCUACACCUUGUUCCGACAGCUUACACGCAUGACGACCGUAUUGAACUACUUCGUAGUAUAGAGAUUCUGAUCGAUAAUGGCAUUAUUCGGAAACAUGGUUCGAAAAAUGAACCUGAUGCAAGGGAUGUGCUCGAUAUAUUUACGGACUUUCUGUUGAAAGUUCUCAAUCAUACCAAAGAGCAGCUCAUUCAACUCCACAACUUCUCUAGUCAGUCUGUCGUUGAGUUUGCUUUGACUGUACCAACAAUCUGGAGUCCCAAUGCAUCCCGGAUUCUUCAAACUGCCCUACAAAACGCCGCAAGACUUGUCAAGUUUGGAAAUAUUUCACCGAAGAAAGCUGUCGUACCAUAUAUUGUGUCUGAGCCAGAAGCAGCUGCAAUUUAUAUGCUGGCAGGAAAUUCCUCAGUACAUCCGAGAGAAACAUUCAUUAUAGCAGAUUGUGGGGGUGGAACUGUCGACAUUGUCACAUAUGAGAUUGGUACAGAGCAUCCUCUGAGAUUGAGCGAGGAAAAGGUUACACCAGGAGGUGACAAUUGUGGGAGUAGUUAUCUCAAUGAGAACUGGAAAAAUAUGCUUCUCAACAAAUUGAAAGACGAAAGUUAUCUACUCGAUAUGUGGCCGGCUGGCGAAUCCUUGGAAUCAAUUGUCAAUCGUUUCAUUCCGAACUUUGAGAAUGAUCAUAAGAGACGCAAAGAUAUAACCUCUGUUUUCGGACUAAAAACUCGUCUCCAUCUUCCUGGCCUGAAGGCAAAUGCAGAGAAAAGAUUCGACGAUGGUCAUAUCGUUAUCAUAAAACAAGAUUGGGAAGAAGUAUUCAAUCCUCUUCUGGAGCGGGUAAAGAAGCUAUUGCAUACCCAGUUACUCACUGCACUUGAAAAGGACCUAAAAGUCAAGAAAGUGUUCCUACUUGGAGGAUUUGGAGCAUCUCCAUCCCUGAGGUCUUAUCUUCGAAACUAUUUAAGAGAGAUGUCAAAUAAACCUGAGGUUGGUUAUGAUAUCAAAUUAAUGACAGGAAACGAUGCCUCUGGAUAUCCAGUCACAGCGGUAUCUUGUGGUGCCGUCCUAGCUGCACUCAAUAAAACCAACGGUCCAGCGCGAAGAGCUCAAUCUAGUUACGGAUUCUUUAGUAGAGAGCCAUAUGAAAAGAACCCCCCGCUGGGUUAUCCUGGGCACGUUGAAUCUACCUUUAUUAGGGAUCGCGAAAUAUGUCCAAUUGAUGGAGAUGAAUAUGUUCAUGUUAUUAAUUAUUUUGUCAUUAAGGGGGAACUUGUCCCACCAAAAUACAAGUUUCCACCUAUCACAUCAAUUUACACAUUUCCAUUGAACGAAGAGAAAUUUAUAUGCGAAGAAUUGCUGUAUGUCUCGGACAAAGCAAGACUUUCUCAUUUCCCUUUGGCACACGACAGAAAUAAUGAUGCGCAAAUAGCUAGCCGGAUUAUAUUUGACAUGACCUUCCUCCGCACUAAAAAAUUGAUCAAGCCAACAACAGUAAGGCGAGGACCGAUUAGCAUCGUCAAGCCACAUUAUCAAUUUCAGCUUGAGAUAUUUCCUGAAUUGAAUGGCAUGUUACUGGAGUAUUAUGCCAAGUACUCUACCGAAAAUGGCAAAACUACUGUAAGCAAAGGACAGGUUUCGGUCGCUGCUGCUUUUGCGCCGGGGUGUGAAUGA